AAAGCUUCGAAACCGAAACCUCCUGGAACAGCCCAGAACACUACUCCAUGGUCGUGUUGGAUGGUAGUUGAGUUUCUCACCCUUAUUAAGUCUUCUCUCCCUCAUUUCUCCACACCCCUACUCCUUUCUUCUUCAAAGCUCUGCUCUCCCGGGUGUUCUGAUCUUCAUCUCCGCUCUGGUGUCGUCGGCCGACGAUGGCCUGUCAAGGGUGUUUGGCUUUGCAUUAUUCUUAGUUGUUCAAGGCCCUCUCUGAUUAUGGUGGGAAUUUAAUAGUAAUAAAUUGUGGAUUAUGUGAAGAAGAGGGGUCGCUUUCUUUUGAUAUAUUUGUUUAUGUUUUUUGUAGACCAGAUGGUUUAUGUUGCUUCCUUAAAGGAGAUAGGACCUUGAACACUCUCCAUACCCCGUCCGUACACACAAAUCUUCUUGGGUUUGUUUUGCUUCUGCUCUUGCUUUUUCUUUCUCUUCUCUCCGCUUUGCUUUGUUUGUUUCUUUUUCUUUUUCGUUCUACUCUUCUCUUUCUCCCUCUCUCCUGUGUGAGGGUUUUGGGAGAGAGGAGAUGAAGGGAAUUGAAGUGGACGACGGAGGAGAUCUGCAUGCAAAUGAUGGAGUUGGGUUGGGAGAUACGGGGGGUUGUGCUGGUGGCACAGACACAACUGGGUUCGAUGCUAUGGAGGACGAGGCAAUGGGUGUUGGUGACGGGGAGAUCUGGCUUGAUAGGGACCCUGAUGAUCUCCUCGAUGUACACGACAAUUCCAUCUUCUAUGGUGAUUUUCCUCCUCUUCCUGAUUUUCCUUGCAUGUCUUCGUCGUCGUCUUCUUCAUCUGCUCCUGCACCAGUCAAGUCCAUCGCUUGCUCUUCCUCUUCUUCAUCCGCUAGUUCUUCAUCGGCGGCUUCUUGGGCGGUUCUCAAAUCUGAUGCGGAGGUGGACGAGGACAAGAAGAACCACCGCGACCAUCACGAUCCGGUGGAAGUGCCACCUGCUGCGCUGUCAUCCACUGCCUCCAUGGAGAUCCCUCAGGAGGCGCCUGAUCAAGGUUUGGAAGAUGUUGAUUGCAUAAAUGUGAUGGAGAAUUUCGGGUACAUGGAUCUGCUGGAACCAAAUGAUAUCUGGGACCCGUCUUCUCUAUUUCAUAUGGACGAUUCGCAUGACUUUGAAGCUGAGCAGCAGCCUCAACAGGAACAGGAACAGCCAAAGCCACAGCCGGAACUUCCACCGCAGCAGCAAGAUGAAGAGUUUAUGGUGCAGAGAAAUGAUGAAGAGGGUCAGAGGCCUUCGGAGGAUCUAGCCAUGGUGUUCUUCGAGUGGCUCAAGUCCAACAAAGAGUCAAUUUCUCCCGAAGACUUGAGGAACAUCAAACUGAAGCGGGCCACCAUCGAGUGUGCCGCUAAGCGCUUGGGCGGUGGAAAAGAGGGCAUGAAGCAGCUGCUCAAACUCAUCCUUGAGUGGGUGCAAAAUCACCAACUCCAGAAGAAGCGAAUCAGCGAAACACAAAUCUCUCAUUUCCCUUACAAUUAUCAAGACCCCUACGCAACCCAAAGCCCUAACCCUAACCCUAGCCCUAUCCCCAACAUCAACUGCAAUCCUAUUCCUCCUGAUCCAAACCCUUGUUUCCCUUCCCCUCAUUGGCUUCCACAAUCACCGUACAUGACCGAUCCGUCGCCGGUGAUGGCGCCGCCACCUUUUCCUCCGAUGGUUGGGUAUAUGGGUGACCCUUUUGCUAAUGGGCCUUCGAAUAUCAAUAGCCAUCCUUAUCAGUCCACAUCGGAAUAUCACAUUCUGGACUCUACCAACACAUGGCAGCCCUCUCAAUUUUCUUUGCCUUCUCCUUACACCUCAUUUCCAGAGAGUAAUCUUCCUCUUGCUCCUGCUCCUCAGCCUCCGCAGGCUUUUGCAGGUUAUGGGAACCAAUUCACCUAUCAGUAUUUUCCGGGGAAUGGUGAGAGGUUGACGAGGCUUGGUUCUUCAGCAACUAAGGAAGCUAGGAAGAAGAGGAUGGCUAGGCAGAGGCGGGUUUUCUCGCACCAUCAUCGCCAUCAUAAUCACCAUAACCAACAGCAACAAAAUCCAAGCCCUGACCAGCAAGCAAGGCCUGCCGGCAAUGAAGGUUGCAACAGUGCAGCUCAAGCCAACCAAGCCAACUGGGUUUUCUGGCCCUCUGCUGGUGCUGCUUCAAACUCGCCGGCGGGAGCACCGGAUGCGCCACAACCACAACCACCGCCGCCACCACCACCAGCAGUGGAUCGGCAAGCUGGACAAGCCCAAAACAACCCGCGGCAGCUUGCAGCUGAGAGGCGGCAGGGAUGGAAACCUGAGAAGAACUUGAAGUUUCUUCUACAGAAAGUACUGAAGCAAAGCGAUGUGGGUAAUCUUGGAAGAAUUGUGUUGCCAAAAAAAGAGGCAGAGACGCACCUCCCAGAACUGGAAGCGAGAGAUGGGAUUACCAUCCCCAUGGAGGACAUUGGAACUUCUCGCGUCUGGAACAUGCGGUAUAGAUUCUGGCCAAAUAACAAAAGCAGGAUGUAUCUCCUCGAGAACACCGGAGAUUUUGUGAGAUCAAAUGGACUGCAGGAAGGUGAUUUCAUAGUGUUAUACUCAGACGUCAAGUGUGGAAAAUACAUGAUUCGAGGUGUGAAAGUGAGACAAUCUGGUCCGAAAUCUGAGAGCAAGAGGUCGGGAAAAUCACAGAGAAACCAACAAACAGCUUCCCCAGCUGGUAAUGGUUCCACUCCUUCACUCAGCAAACGAACAACCAAGUGAGAAAAGAAGAAACAGCAACAAACCCUUUUUUCCUCUCUGAUGAAAAAGGUGGACAAAUGGGUGGCAAGGAUCACCUGGGGUUUGCUUGCAUUUCAGUCUUUUGUCUGUCUCCUAGUCAACACCUACAUACCACAACUGUGGAGUCUUCCCGGAGUUUGGCCUUGGGACACUGCGAGUGGAACGCCUUUGCUCUAGUUGGCUCAGCCAGUAGGCAGCACAGUGUUUAAGAUGUUAGUAUAUGUGUAGAGUUUUAAAAAACUGUAUGUUGUAAGGGGUUUUGUUUAUGCUUUGAAGCUCUCCUCAUUAGAGUUCCCUAUAUCAUGUUACAUUAUAGUACAGAGUUUAUGUGGGUCGUAUUCAGACUUAGGUACUGCUAAAUAUCAAAGGUGUAAGAAUGACAAUGUAGAUGUUGUAUGUUGCUUUCCAUUUUAGGUCUUAAUUAAAGUACAGUAUUUUAUGUA